AUGGCAGCCGACAACGGCCUCUCAGACACGGAAGACGUCAAGUCAUCAAUCUUUAGCAAAAUCCACGACUAUGGCACAAACCCCCUCCCGCCCGCAAUACACGCGAUCCUAAUCGGCGCCCUCCACGGCCGGCCCCUCAAGAUCCUUCCGGCCUCCUUCGCGCCCGCCCUCCUCUUCAGCAGCUACGUCAAUCUCGCCGGCUUCCCCACAGACAGCGCGGGUUUCACCUGCGCCCUCUCGGGCCUCUACGCCCUCCUCGCCCUGCGCCGCCGCCAACCUCUGCGAAGCAAGUUCACCGCCCGCGGCCUCGUCCGCGGCACCGCCAUCGGUAUGGGCUUUGCCAACUCUGCUGCCGGCGCGUGGGUGUACGCCAAUGGCGAUCGGAAGAAGGAUGAGGUGGAGAGGAAAGAGAGGAAUCGCUGGGGCGGGGAGUCAUGA